AUGAACUUCAAGAAAAAAAAAAAAGAAUUGGAGGACAAUACCAAUACACCUCGAUCUGGCAAAAUUAACAUCAAGAACCAAUAUGAAAAAGUAAAAAGACAAUUAUUCGAGGAAAAUAACAAUACGCAAAUGUUAGAAAAUGAGUUUGAUGUAACCAAUUACUACAAAAGCAAGACCAAUGAACUAGAGCAAAAAUGUCUUCAGAUACUGAAAUCCUUACAACAAAGGUAUGACAAUCUACCAGUUGAAUCAAAUAAUGAUAAUAAUAGUAACAUACUUACAGCUGAAGUUACAAAAUAG